AUGGCGUCCGUGAAGACGUUGAACGUGACCAACGCUUCCCCGCAGACGCUAAAGGUGCGGCUCACCCACACGUACUUCAGGCAACCGACGAAUGCCAAGCUGACGGCGUUCGGCGGAUACUUCGUCAGCGAGUCUGGCGACUAUAUCGUGGGGGAAGCCUUGUUCUUCGGGACGCCAGACAAACAAAAAACGGAACUGAAGAACUUCCAGGACAAGUACACGCCCGGAAGCGCCUGGCAGUUCCGCAGAAUGCAAGCAAAGGCCAAGGACUCGAAAUAUCACUCUGCCCCACACCCGGUCACCAUUAACCUGACCCAUAAGAAUAUGACCGCGAAGAGCCUGUCUGCGACUGAAGCCCAGAACUUGCCUUCUGAAGCAGAGCCGAGGAUGACGGCCGGGGACGUCCUCGGCCUCUCCCGCGACCAGCUCCUCGACGUCCACGGGCGCGUGGCGGAGAUCAAACGCGACCUCAAGCAGAAGGACAGCUACAUCAGCGAACUCCACAUCUGCGACGACCAAGGCAUCCACCUGACGGCCAGCUCUACCACCGUCGUCGCCAAAGCUGGAGGGUCUCUCCCGGGCGCCGCCAGAUUGAACGCCCUCGACAUCGCCAGCAUGGCGACUUCUACCUUGUCAGCGGCGGGGAACGCCACCGACUACAAGACGGGACGAGCCAUGUGGUGCAACCUUUCGGUCCUCGAGUACAUGUCGGGAUUCCAGAAAGAGUUGCCCGAGCAGUUGUCCGAGGCCCCCAGCUGCACGGUCGCUUUGUUAGACACGGAUCCCGACCACCUCUGCGCCAAGGGGACGGACCGUAUCUACGCCAAGGCCUCCAUGCAUGACAGCACAGGCUCCGUGCAGGCAUACCUGACAGAAUCUUCGGCUCUGGCAUUGGCCGAGUCGGAUUCGAAAGCUUCCUUCCUUGAUGCCGUCUCCACCGACGCCGUGAAUUUCCCGCGCGCGCGUCUGCGCCUCCGGUACGCCACCUCCAAGGACGGCAAGGAGGCUGGCGCGCCGCCAAGUUUCGCAGUCGUCUGCGCAGAGCCCCGCACCUUCGACACCGCCACGCCCACCACGUUCAUCCCCAGCGAGGACCGGCUCCUCCCCGCCAAACUGACCUGGCUGUCGAUGUCGCCCACCGGCCGCCUUGCCAUCAAUCCCGCAGGCAACGGAGCACCCACCCUUACUUCGGGAGCUCUGGUGCUGCUCCGUGGCGUGCGCGACCCGACGGUAACGUCCAUCGAUGACGGGUUCGCCAUUGUCAACGCCGUCCGGGAUGCGAUGGAGGAAUCCAAGGAUGACACCUGGAGUGCUCCGACCACGGCAAUCGUUUCGAAGCUCCCGCGCUAUUCCAUCCCGCGGAAACACGUCGCCCUCGCCCACAUCACGCACAUCAACGUGGAUGCAAAGGAGCUGCUGCUGUCCGAGGUGUGGGCCGUCCCAGAGGCCGCGUCUUUCCCACAGUGGCAGAAAGAGUUGAACUUCGCGCAGGCAGGCCUGAAUGAGCCCCCGGCAACCAUGAAACGCAAGAGGGACCCAAUCUCCUUCCAGCACGCGUGCGACGAGAUCUUCACUAACACGAAGAAGCGCUAUGCACCCAGUUUCGGCAGUGCGGAGGAGGUCGAGGCAUGA